AUUUCAUUCGUUCAAUUUGUUCAAUGGUUCGGUGUCAACGAAAAUAUUUUAUUAGAGAUUUUAUUCAACUUAUUGUAUUCUCGGAGUUCUUCAACAAUUAUUCGUGAUUUUUAUUAAAUCUUAACCAAAAAUCUAUUAGAAAAACUGUAACACUGCUUUCACCAUGUCCACAAAUUUUUGUGUAUCACUGGUUGUUAUUCUGACUUGCCUAUUGUCUGCUAAUAAUUACGUUGAUGCAAACGAAAAUGAAGGCGAAAGCAUUUCUAAAAUCGGACAAGGUGUAGGACAUAUCAUGAAUAUUUAUUAUUGUUAUUCCUGCGGGUACAGGAAGGUUUUUGAGGACUAUGCCGGAAUUAUACAGCAAAAGUACCCAGAAAUCUCAGUGAUUGGAGCUAAUUAUGACCCUCCUGGAUUGAACAUGUACCUUUCUAGAAUGAUUGGUUUUGGUAAGAUGAUUCUGAUUAUGUGCAUCUUGAGUGGUGUGAACAUCUUUGCAUGGCUGAACAAGCCACAGCCGUCCUGGUGGAGCUGGUGCCUGGAGAACAAGCUGUACGCGUGUAUGAUGAUAUUCUUCUUGGCCAACAUGAUUGAAGGACAAAUGGUCUCAUCUGGCGCAUUUGAAAUCUCCCUGAACAACAUUCCACUGUGGUCGAAGCUGGAGACGGGGAGGAUCCCUCAGCCCCCGGAGCUGUUCCAAAUCAUUGACAACACUCUGCGGUUCUCAAAGAUGGACAUGCCAUCCAAUAAUUUUGUGCAGUAAAUUGUUAAUGGUUGUAUCAGUUGCAAUAAUUGAACAAGGGUGUGUGUUUGUAAGUGAAAAGUCCUGGGUUUGAACAUUUGGUGGUUUGUAUUCUUAUGUACAAAAUUAUGUCAAAUAAUAUCUAGGGAGAUAGGCUGGUAUUCAAACAAGUAUUAUGCAUUUUAUCACUUUAUUGUUGUUUGUACUUUAUCAAUUUGUUGUAAAUAUGUAUACAUACAAUUUGUGACCUUAAUAAGUUAGUGCCUAUAAUGCUUUUAAUAUAUACAGUAGUUAACAAGUUCUUAAAUGAUAUAUUACCUACAAAUAGUUUGAAAGUCAGCUUAUCCCUUUAUAUGUGUAGAUUUUGUUUAUCUAGUCAGAUGAUCAAACAGAUUACUAUUGUUGAUCCUAGACUCACUGUACUGGAAAAACUUAUUGAAAUAAAGAUUUAGAUAAUUUAAA